GGAAAGGUGUUUGGUCCCCGCAGUGGCGAGUGUGAGGUGGGAGGAGAGUGCGAGCGGCUCCUAUUUACAACCAUAUUUCGUCCAUCACACCGUCUCUAGGUUUCUGGCCUCAGUGUUAGCGUAGAGGUGGACCAUGAGAGAAGUGGUGAGGGCGGUGAGGGAGUGAGGGAGGAGGACUGUGAAGCGGGCAGGCUAGGGCAGGCAGAGGAAGGCCAAGGAAGUUUGUUUACAGUAAGAGACUCAGCUGGUGAGGGAGGGCUUUACGCACACCGCUCCUCCCUCUGUGUUUCUCCUUUCUGCUGCAGUGUACAAGCCCAUGUAGAGUGUGCUGGCCGCCCUUCCUCCAGGCUGCUGCAGUUCAGGACCCCAGCCACUACAGGCCGCCUCGCAUGACACUCAUGUAACUGUGGUGUUGUGAAGGACAAGGGCAACAACAGCAGCUGCAGGACAGACUCGUGUGUCCGAUUAGCGCGUGCGUGAGGCUGCUGCGAGGGGAGAGGAUAAGCAGCUCCCGGCACCACCCAGGCGCUGGGACAAUGGACAUAGCGGGACACUGGGCUGCCCUGUGCCUUGACCAUCUUGGGAUUUGUUAACUAGACACUCAACAGAACCUUGUGUGAGGCGUCGGGAUGGUGUGUUGGGGGAGUGAAACGAGAGAGUGCAGCAGCAGCAGCAGCGGCAGCAGCAGCUCCAGCACCAAGGUGUUGGCCAGAUGAGCAGCAGCACGGCCGAGCCUCCCCCAGGUACUCACCCUGGGGGGCAGGCCGGGGACUCCAGUGCCGGCCUCCAGUCCCCGGUUCCGCCCCUGAACCCCACUAAUGCCAGCAGAGAGGAUGAAGGAGGUGCUGGAGGGGUUGAGAGGAGCUGGCCGGCUGAUCCUCGGCCACCUGUGCCAGGUGGGGAGGAUGUCCCUGGCCCAGAUCCUCAGCCUCCUUAUGGAGACUGGGGUAAGGAGUCCCCCCUUGCCAUCCUGCCAUAUCCCUCCCAUCAUCUCUAUGCUCAUUUUCAAGGUGAAGGGGGUGGGGAUGGCCCUGCAGCUGGCCCAGGCUCUGCUGAGGCUGGGUCACCUGUCUGUGGAGGGGGUGAGGGCAGCUCCACACCUCCAGUGGUGCGGUGGUCCCAGUCGUUGCAGCACCUACUUGAAGACCCUCAGGGUGUCCAGCUCUUCCAGGACUAUCUCAGGGAAGAGUGUGGUACCUGUGAGGCAGUCCUCUUCUGGUUUGCCUGCAAUGGUUUGCGCCGCACUGACCACCAGGAUCCUUGGCAGCUAGUGCCCAUAAUAUGGAAAAAGUUCAUCCGAAACUAUGCUGUGAGGGUUACUGAGAAGACGUACAAGACCAUCAACGACCGCAUCAAUGCUCGCAGCAUUGACCGCAAUAUCUUUGAUGAUGCUCAAAGGGAGGUGGAAGAGGAGAUAGAACGAAGUACCUAUCCCAGCUUCCUGAAGAGCGAGACCUACCUCACCUACCUCGGGAUGGUGACCCAGCAGGGUGGGGGACCAGGGGCCGAAUCCCCUCAUAGUCCCUCCCCCAGUAGCCCUGGUGGAGUCAGCACAGGAGUAAUGCUACCCACUCUGCAUGAAGACUAUGAGUAUGAGGGUGGGGCAGGAGCCACCCAACUACGACUCACCCAGGAGGCCCUUGCUGCCACUGUCAAGCGUCGGGCUGCACCAGAGAGAAGAAAACCUGAGGCUUAUGCUGGGCAAUAUUUGCAUGGAAGAAGCAUUUAUGGUGGUGGGGGCGUGAACCCCUACCAUGCAGUGUACGGCACGGUGCACCUCUCCAGCAGGCAGGACUCUGAGCUCCAGAGUCUUAGCUCUGAUGCCCUCACCGAUGACACCCUCUCCUGCACUGACUCUUCGGUGGAUGGCAUGUCCAUAGGCCACCCUGUCAAUCCCAAGUAUCUCAAGAAACAGUAUCGUAUCAUGCGGGAUAAUGCCCGCCAGAAUCUGGAGCGUUGCCUCAGUGGUGGGAAUGGGCAUGGUGGUGUAGGUAGCAGUGGAAUAAUGCAUGGGGGCUUUCUCCCUCGCACCCAUCGCAUCUGUCAUGAAUCCAUUCCUAACCUGAAACCUCAAGAGUUUGCUGCUCUUCUCAUAGAAAAGCUAGAGAAGGUGCAGAGGGAACGGGAAUCACAGGAGAAAGUGCAGCAGUCCUUCAAGAAGAUACAAGAGGGUGACAAUGUUUCGGAUGAGUGUCGGAGGGAACAUGCCUUUAACAGUCUCCCUCCAUCACUGCUGUUAGACAAAUUAGCCCAGAAGAUCCCCAUAGAUGAUGUUGAUCCAUGCCAGUCUAUCUUGGAUGAACAUGUGUCCCGUGUGUGGCAAGACAGCAAUAAUGACACCCCAGCACGGUCCCCUGGCUCACCACGCCCUCGCUCACCCAACACUGGGAGGAGAGGAUGUCCAGCUCAACCUGUACGGCCCACACCUCCUUCACAGCAUAUUCCUAAGGGCCAUUCAAUACACCCCCAUGGUCACCUGGCACAUCAGCAGCAGGGCCACUUGCCACACCUCCCAAUGGGACAUCAGGUUCAUCUACCCCCAGGUCACAUGCUUCAUGCGUAUCAGGCCACCAAGAAUUGGAGCCACGCACGACGCAGAGAUCGUGACCUGUAUUCCACAUUUUCCUCUGACUCUGGCAAUGUUGCUGACUAUUAUGAAGGAAGUGAGCGGCCUGGGCCUUCCCACCUCAUUCCCAAGUCCCGCUCCAUGCCAGACUACAUGGAAAACUAUGCGGGGACUAGUAGUGAUGGUGGCAGCUCAGGUGGCAGGAGAGUGGUAGGGGGUCGGCGCAGCAGUUCCCGGCGGCCCCCUGCUGAUCUCACUGAUUCUGGAGUCUCUGUGGUGUCUGACUCUGGCCCUUCCCUUACACCCUCUGCUUCAUCCACAGAAAGGCGGAGCAGCAGCAGUGGUGGUCGGCGAAGUGGGAGUGGGAUGAGUGUGGGUGGGACAGCAACCAGUGGUAGCAACACAAGUGUGAGUGGCAGUGUGGUGGGUGGUGGACGCACAGGGUCCCAAGAGAGAGGAGCAUGGGCAGGAGUGGACUCAGGGUUGCACCUGACACAUGGUCAUGGUCUUCAUCUGCCUCAGGGUCCUCUCCAACCUCACUUGCCACAUCAGGACGACUCUAAGAGACGGAGCAGGGGUGGAGGUAGUCAUGGGUCAGGCAGAUCAGGAGGUCACAGUUCGAGUCACAGUUCAGGUCAUAGUCGAGGUCACUCUGAAGCCGGGAGUGGACGGACUGUGGGCCAUGGAGAUGCAGUUUCUGCAACAGCAACUGCUGCCAACUCUGGCUCAAAUGGGUCCACCUUGAGACGGGCCAGACCUCGGCACACUCAGCCCACAUCUUCAGGUGGAAUGUGUGAGAGUGGUGGUGGCAGUGGAGUAGGGGGUGGCAACAGCCAGCUGGGUACUGGAACUGGUGUCAGCAGUGCUGGCAGCUCCACCACCACAAGUGUUCCUGAAGUCACCACUAUUGUUUAUAAUUUUCAUGAUGAUGCCGUGCCAUUUGUCACGCGGGUCCCUACCUUCCCAGUCACCUUGAAACGCUUCAAGCAACACUUACCUAAAAAAGGCAAUUACAGAUUCUUUUUCAAGAAGCAUUGUGAGGAGUUUGGGCUGAUCAAUGAAGAGAUCACAGAGGAUUCUGUCAACCUUCCUCUCUUUGAGGGCAAAAUAUUUGCACAAAUUAGGAAGGCAGAUUGAAAGUAAGGCAUUGGAGUGUGAUUAACAAACUAAGAUACUUGUGUAUCAUUGUGUUAUGGUGGCUAUUAUUUUCACCAACACCAGAAUCCUUAUUCCUUAUUACGAGAAAGUGUGACGGACACAUAUGGCAUUGAGGAGCCCCGGUGGAGACAGCCAGAGGGCUGUAGAUGGAAGGGGACCACCGGGGAAGCUGAGACUUAGCAUUGUUAUGCUGGUCCAGCAUUGAUGGAGCCUUGCAGCAGAUAGGCUUAAUAUCUUACCUCAGUUUAGAGAUAUAAUGUGUGAAGAUGUGGCCAUGAACAGCAUGUGUGGGGUGCAACAGGACCUCCAAGUGGCAGCAGUUCCCAUUGUGGUCAAGCAACAGUAGUUGCUUCCACCCUACACCAUCUGACUCACCCAUAAUAUACCAUACCAACAUUGUUGCACAUUUCCUUGGAAACUUUACCUCAGUAAAAUUUACCAAGAAAGUGCUUUGUACAGAGGUCAAGAAGGCAGAGUCAAACUAGUCAAGAAUUUGGUGUUAGGAAGUGUUAGUAGGAUAGUCACUAGAAUGUGACUUCUUUCCUAUUUUAAAAAACGGCACUUGAGGACUGCUGCCACCAGGACCUGCAACAUGCUCUGCACUCAGUCCGUAUUGGCAACUCUUUACCUUUGGUGCUACUUGUGUAGAGGUUCUGAGGGGUGUACAAGGCCUCCUUCACAGUCCAUACCACACCCAAUGCAGACAUUCUCUUACUGCUAAUAGUACAAGUUGGAGGCAACCCUAGUGCUGGGCCUGGACUGGAUCACAAUAUUGAAGCUUAGGAGAUUUUACUCUUCUAGAUUUUUCAGGACAAGAUCAAGGUUUAUUUAAUUGAUGUAUAGGGAAUGAGAUCUGGACCAAGUCAAGAUUUAUCAGUUAGACUGGUUUAUAGGGAAUAUUAUAUUUAAGAAGAGCAAGAGGAAUUAUGCUCACACCCCUUAGUCAUGGCCAGUAGAGGGUUUUCAUUACAUUAAAAAAUUUUCAGAAUCCAUUAACAGAUGAUUACUGCAUCAAGAAGGGAUACUAUCAGCAGUUGUGUUCAUAUUCACAAAAUUCAUGCCCAUGGGAUGGCAGAACCUUGUCUAGGCUCCUUUAACAAAAAUGUUGUGGAGUAAGCUUGCCAGAAAUGCAGUUAUUAUGUGGCUUUAUAACACUAAAUGUUGAGAGCAACUAGAAUAGUGAUGCAAUAACUUAAAAUACACUACAUUUAAAAUUAAAGGAACAAUAUCAACAAAAGGCACUUUCUCGUUUAGAAAACACGGAGUUAAAACAAUAAUCAUUUUGGUGUGGGGAAUGCAAGAUAUGAAUGAGGAGCAUGGGGAGAUGAAAACUUAAACUAAAUAAAUAUAUUGUAAUGAUGGCAGUAUCAAGUUGCAGUAUCCUAUACUUUAGCUCUUUAGUGGACCAAAUUAUCCUGAAAUUAAUAUACAUCCAUCAAGUUAACUUUGUAUUAAAAAAUAGGAAUUCUUUCCUUUUGAUUUUUGUUCCUUUACUAUUAACUGUAAUGCAUUUUUGUAUAUGCAUUGUGAUUUUCAUAGUUUAUUACAAAAAGCUUUAGAGUAUCUUGCACUUCCAAAUUAUGAAAACUAAAGGUUUUUGUUUACUGUCUUAAUGGCAAAGAUUAGACCACUUGCAGUGCUGCAAGUGUGGGGUUCUGUCAGCCCUUAACAUUUUUAAAGAGGAAAUUGGCAGAACACUAAUUGACUAAAAUGAUUGUCUAAGAUACAUUAUUUCAGUAUGAGAUAAAAAGUAAUGGAAAUAAUUUUUUCCUUAAGCCUUAGCUAAAGGUUUAUUAGCAGAUAUAAAGCUGCACCAGGUCUAAAUUUUUUGUUCCCAGAGCCCAGCACUAAUUAACAGCUGUAAAUGCCUGCAGUUUUGAAAUGCAGCAUUUCAGAGGAGCCCAGAGUUUGAUCAACUGAAAUGUAUAGUCAUUUGGCCCAAAAGUACAUCCCCCACAGCCUCUACCCACCAUCCACUAGUAAUGGAACUAUACUAAUGAAAUAAACCAACUUAUGUGCUAUUUAAACCUCACUCAUGGGGUUAUAUUGGAUUUUUAAAAAUUAGUUUUACUAAAAAUUUGAAGUAUGUACAAAGUGUGGGGUGUGGCGGGCAGUGGAGGAGCCACACACCGCCGUGUUACCACCAGGCCUCAGCCUCAGCCGUGCCUCCCUUCACCUGUAAUUGUUAUUUUUAUUAUCCUUAUUUGAUCCAUUUUGUUGAUGUCUCAGGUAUGCCUUCUAUUUUUAUGUAGACUAUUUACAAACAGUAUAAUAAUGUUGAUAAUUUUGUGUAACUAGGUGUUUUUUUUUUUUUUUUUUUUUUUUUUUUUUUUUUUUUUUUUUUUUUUUUUUUUUUUUGGUCAUGUCUGCCAAGGUUGAAGUGCCUGUUGAAGUGAGCCAUUGUUGACUUCACAAACAGUAAUUUUCCUUUCACUAUAUGAGAGGAUCAUGAAAUGUAAUAUUCAGUAUGCCUUGGGUAUGGCUUAGUUUUGAUUUUGUUGCAUAACUUUGUUUUGCCUAUUGUAGUGUUCAUUAUUUUAGUAACAUUUGUUUGUGCAGCAUAUUUGUGUUUGAGGAGACUGACUCAGCCCUGGUUAUCGGGGUUGACUCAGCCCAGCUGCUGGUGAUCCUGCAUCCGAGCUUUACCUAGUAUCUCUCAGGACUCACUAGGGCUAAGCUAAUGCCUAAAAGAAUUUUCUAAAGCUUGAUUUUGCAGUAGAAACAAUUUUUUGUGCACUGUAUUUCUUUACACAAAAAUAUAAUAGUGGGAGUAGUGAAAAUAAUCUUUGACAGACAGGUAGCCAACCAGGCAGACAAGACUCAGUAAUUUACUUUACUUUUGGAGCUGCCAUAUUGUUUAAGAGGGGUAUUAGUGCCCUGUUAUCUCCUCUGAUUGUGAAGGAUUACUCUUGACACAAGAGCUUUCACAUGUGGGAUCUUUGUUGUGUGAGCCGCCCAGCCAUUUGGCUAAUGGCAUUAUCUUGCACUUCAGAUAGGCCUACUAUGUACAUAUGAUUUUUUAAUUAAACUCAUUUUAUAA